UUAUCCUACUUCUGAAAACUAUAAAUAAGCCAUAUGCCCUUGUAUAAAGUUCACAAGUAACAUUUCUCUUGAUCUUGAUCAGUACUAAACCAAAGAAUUUCCAACUAUUCGUGCUGUGUACGUAGUAGACUAUACUAUGGCUGCAAAUCAUGAGAAUUGCAUUUUGUUCUACGGAGGCUCCAACGUCGACUGGGUGAGCAGAUUUACUGCGACAGCAAAUAGGGUGGCUCAACAUCGGGUCCUUCAACAACAUGCGCUCAACAUUUCCGUAACUGUUCUUGCGGUUGGACCAGACAACAUAGGAGUGGUUCGACAGCAAUUACCGACAAGGUACGCAGAUGGGAGGCUAGUAGAUGCUAACGACAUAUGCCAAAGUUUGUUAAAUAAUCAGAGCGGAUCAUGGGUUGUGCUGAGACAGGGAAAUGUCAUAUUGCUCUCUGAUGAUGGGGGAAUAAUGCUGCAAGUCAUGGAGAAUUUUGAUCAGCAGGAGCGCUGGAUGCGUGACCUACGACGGCAAGGCGGCUUCGGAGGUAGUUUCAUGAAUUUCCAUCGACGCCUUAAUUAGUUACUUUCGUUGACGGGUGCUACAUAUGAAUGGACUGCAUGCAGCACUUACGUACCAAAUAAAGAUGGAAAGAUGUAGUCGUAUCUAAGUUUAAUUAUGUGUAUCUUGUCUGCAUGCCACUGGCAAGUACGUACGUAUGAUAUAUGCAAUAAAUCUGUGAUGUCGUUCGCGUUGGGAUCAAUUUCUUUAUAAUUUAGUUUGU